UGUUUGUCUGGCCUAUAUGUGAAUAAUGUUUGUCCUGAUUUAUCAAGACUUCGUUUUGUUGUUUUAACAUUUAAACCUUUGAAAAAAUCAGAUUUCUUCACGAACAUAAUUUAAGCUACUGAAAAUUGUUACUACUUAAAGCUCUUCAUUCAAACUUACAGUGCCUAACACUAAUUCGUUGAUUUCUCUCAUUUCAAAUGUGGUUAUUUAACCACCGCUGUCAUCGAAAAAGAAAUAAAAAUGACAGGAAGACUUCUGCCUAUUUUACUGUUAGAGUGAGAUUUUAAUAAAGACGUAACCUCGCCCAUUUGCACCUACGUGACAGUAGCCUAAAAGAGUUCCGAUUGAACUGCUGUACUCUACAUGGGUUCACUGUUCUUCCACCCGUCCCGCCUUCUCAAGUCAGGUGAUGCAAAACUUACAGCACACCUUAACAUUAACACGCCUGUUGAUUGAGGUCCUGCAGUCAGUCUCCCCAUUCCUCGAACCAGUUUGUGAUUGUGAUCAUAACUGUUUAAAACAUCGUGGUGAGCAGUCAGGUAGGGGCCGCAAGACACGAAAUGCGAUCCAGGCCACGCAAAACAAAAGAUGCCGAAUUCUCCAACGGUUCACCGCUGCCGGGAGCGAAUGCCUCGAGUGUAAGCGGACCAAAUUUACCGAUAUCGGUGCAGAACCUGUCAGACACGAAAGCUGUCAGAGACGUGAAGAACAUUGGCACUACCGAGUCACCUACCCGAACUGGUCGAAAGAAACAGAAGUCUAUAUCAGAAAAAAAAUACCUUGGUGUCAGAGUGAGAAUGCCAGUACGGGAUAUGCUCAGAAGUAUACGGAUAGCCAAGGGUAUUGAUCCCAAAGAUCUGCAGGGAAAACAAUCCAAGGCAUCCAAAGGGGAUAAAAAACGUGUUAACACUUGUGCAAACCGGAGAAAUUGCCUGAAGAAACAGCAAGCAAAGAGUCUGGAGGAGCUUGCAAUUAUAGUUGAAGUGCUGGAAGAGGAUCUUAAGACUUGUCAGUCUUACAAAUCUCCAAACAAAAGCCUUUCAGCUUCAUAUUGUUCAGAGUUUAGAGAGAAGUUCUCGGGUGAAGAUGCAACCCAACAGGGUUUAAUGAACAUGUACGGUCAGGAGAAUGAGUUCCCUUUGUCUCCAAGCUACUCAGUACCAUCAGAGAACUCCCCUGUCCAUUCGGUCUGCAGCUCCUACCCCUCCCCAUUUUACAGCCAGGGCACAGAGGUCUUCUUGGGGAAUCAGGAAGAAUAUAGCAGUUAUGAUUCAGAGGACUACAUGUAUGGUGAUCAGUAUGGAAUGACUUACUCUCCUGCCAAUUCAUCCGAAUACCAGGUGCCCUCCCCACAAGAAUCAUUCCAUUUCAGUACUAACUCAGAAUGCUGGGAGGUUUCCCCACAAAAGAUGAACUAUCCACCAUGGCCCUGUUCUCAGCUGGACGAGUGCAGCAGUAUGGCCUUCUUCUGGACACAGAUAGAAAGAGAAGAAAAUCUGCUUAAGGAAAUAUCUGAUCAAGAGCUUCUUGCCGCAGACAUAAAUGGAAAGAUCCUCUUACACAGAGUGGUUGAGGACGGAAAGAGAGCUCUUGUAUAUGUUAUUGCCAAAAGGAUGGCAGCUUUGAAGAAGCUGGAUAUCAAAGAUUCAGAGGGAAAGACUCCCCUUCAUCUUGCUGCGCAGAGAAAUCAACACUUCAUGGUGACUGACUUGCUGUCACUUGGUGCAGAUAUCAAUGAGAAAGACCGAUACGGAAAAACAUGCCUCCAUCUCAGUGCAGAGAAUGGGUAUAUUAGAGUCUUGGAGGUUCUGAAAGGUUUCAUGAGAAAUGGGAUAUAUAUUCAUUUGGAGGAAAGAGAUGCAAACGGGCUGAGCGCGCUGCAGUGUGCAGCAGUAGCACUUAACCACACAGUACGAGAACUGGAGCUGUGCGAGUCUGCAGGCCAGGUGCGGCUGCACACCCUGCGCAAGGAACAGAUGAUGGAAACACUGGAGUGCCUCCUUGAAAUGGAGUGCUAUUUACAUGCUUUGGAUCAGGGUCACCUCAAUGUGAAUAAAAGGGGUGUGGAGUACAAGCAAUGUGAACAAGCAACAUUCUUUCAGUCAAAUGAAACUGAGGUAUGAGGAGUAUGAUGACUGAUGCUCUGCUAUCAACAACAUGACUUAAAAGUAGUUUGGCUACUUAGGCUGCUGCUGCUAACAAGUCAUUUGUCUGCCAUGCAUUGCAGAGAUUUUUUUAACUGACGGUAAUUGUUUUUGAGUUAAUGCAAGCUUUAACCUGCCAUUGAAGACAAUAUAUACAAAUAUAUUUUAGUAAUAAGUCUUUUUUCAGUAAGAAAGAUAAGGGAUAUCUUUUAUGGCAUGGGAAAGCUAUGUAUUAUGCAACCGUAGGUUUUGUUCAUUGUUCAGGGGUAAAGCGUGGCGUUUCACUGCACAAAAACACGAUGGUUGCCCAUUAGCUGGUUUCUAUGAAACUUCCACUGUUUGUUACGUUUGAGUAGCAGAAUCUUUAAAAAAGGAAUAAAGAUUGUGGUAUGACCUCCGAGUCUGUUAAACACCACAGUAAGUCAUAUUUGCUCCAAGAGCAAAUAGUUUUGAUAUUGAGGACACUGGCUGGCAUGGUUAUGUAUGCCUGGAUGUUUCGUUUUAAAGGAGUAGUUCACCCAUAAAAACAAAAAAUCUGUCAUAAUUUACUUACCAUCAUGUUGUUCUAAACCUGUAUUACUUUAUUUUUAAAUUAUUAUUAAAACACAAAAGAAGACAUUUUAAUGAAUAUCCCGGUCCUUUUCAAUACAAUGUCUGUUCAUAGUAACCAAAAGUGUCAUAAAAGUAGUCCAUACAACUCAUGCCUCAAAUUCCAAGUCCUCUGAAGGCAUGCGAUAGGUUUUGGUAAGAAACAACCCAGUAUUUAAAGAUAAUUUUUGUUUGUCAUCUUGAACUUACAAUGACUCCUAGGGGCCUUGAUGCAGCAUUAUUCAAAUGCAGUUUCAGGUGUCAAUGCAUUUAAAAUAUUCACUACUCACAGACAGCCAUGAUUAAUUUAAUCCAUGAGUGAAAGUGUCUAAUAACAGGGUGGUUACUGAGAUUAAGCAAGUAGUAUUCGGCUGGUCAUGUGAUCUAAACAUGGCAGGCCCCAUGAUGGGAUCCUCUCCAUGUAGAAUGAAACAGCUUUGUAAGUUUACUGAUGUGACUGGAGUUUUCAUCUCAAGUGAGUUGUUGUGAUUUUAUACGUUUUUCAAAAUUACUAUUCAUUUCUUUUAGAGUAAAACAUUUUUAAUUAGUAAAAAAAUACUGAAUGAACCUUUAAUUUUUCAGUGAAAAUCUUGACGUCUGUUGCCAUUCAUGAGCACUGAGAGAAGUUUGUAUGUUCACACACAUGUGCACACGAGAACUUCUAUUGUUUAGCGCUAAGACGUCAAGAUUACUGAAAAUUAUUCAAAAGUUAUGUUUCUCACCAAAACCUAUCAUAUGCCUUCAGUAGACUUGUAAUAUGAUGCAUGAGUUGCAUGGACUACUUUUAUGACACUUUUGUGUCCUUUUUUAAGCUUUAAAGAGACACUAUCAACUGCAUUGUAUUGAGAAGGAAGGCAGGCCAGGAUAUCCAUUACAUUUUCUCCUUUUGCUGUCCGCAUAAAAAAAGAGAUGUUUGGAACGACAUGAUGUUGAGUAAAUUAUGAUAGAAUUUUAAUUUUUAAGUAAACUACCCCUUUAAUACUAAAAGCAUUCACAACAAUAUAUAUGUAUACCUGUAUUGCUGGUGUUAUUCUUAAAAUAAUUCUUAAAGUUGCAAGUUGUGGUGAAUUCCGAAAUGUCACAAUUUUGUUUACUUGUAUGUUGUAACGAAAACCAAGAAGCAUUUAUUCAUAACACUUUUAUUAUUUGAAUUACAAAGUAAAUGCUAGUAUUUGGGGUGAAAAAAACAACAAAACAUUCAAGUUAAAUUUUUACAAAUAUUGUCAACACGUUGCAUGCAUUUUGUAAUAAGGAGGAACCAUAUGUUACGGCUGUGACCAUGUUUUAAGCUCCUCUUUAUAGUGCCUUCCUUGCAGAUACAACGAAAACUAUUUGUUUUGUGCGUUGGGGAUAUAAGGUGCUUCACACAAUAUUUUGUAAUAGUUAACAGUAAUAUUCUUUAGUUUAUAUCAAAUUUUAUUUUUUGAGAUUGUUUUCAUUUCUGUUCCACAGUUUUACAUUAUUAAGGCAAUGGGCAUGUAACAAAGUUAUUGUUGCACGGGUAAAUAGAGGGUGAAUCAUGCAUGGUAGUGUUAAUGGGAAUAUGGAUAUGUAUAUGACAUGUUUAGACCUUCAUUUACGUUUUAUUGUAAGACAGCCUAAGCAUUGAUUAUUUGAUGGGAAUUUUUCUGAAAUGGUGUGUUAACAUGUAUAAGCAUUAAAAUAUCUAUACAGUAUGUAUGUAUGUAUGUAUGUGUGUGUGUAUAUAUUAUAUAUAUA